UUGAAAAGAACUAAACACUAAAAAAUGUUUUACCCCAAAUCAAAAAUAGGAGCUGCAAUGAAUCGACUCAGACACUAUAUUGGAGAACACGUUAUUUCCCAGAUUUCGAAGAGAGAAAGAACGGAAGAAGCAAUAAUGGAUGUAAUCAAAUCUCAGCAAAUAUCUUCGAGGCCGAUUGAGAAGGUGAUAGUUCAUCCGCUUGUGCUUUUGAGCAUCGUAGACCACUACAAUAGAGUUGCAAGAGACACAAGGAAAUGUGUUGUUGGGGUUUUGCUUGGAACUUCAUUUAAAGGUACUGUUGAUGUUACUAAUAGCUAUGCAGGUAUCAUUGUUCCAAACCCUUUUCAGAUCUGUUCAAAUUUUUGUUUCAUGGGGUUUUUGAUUUUUUUGUUAUUUUGAUUUUUUGAUGGAAUAUGUAGUUUGCUAGGGUUUUUAUCAGGUGAAUUUAAGAUUUGAACAGUGAACUGGAAUUUAACGUAAGGUAAGGCAGGUUUCUUAUGAGCUAAAUUUGAGAUUGGAACAGAGAAUAAGUAUCUAAUGUAAUGGGAAAUUGUAAAAUAACAUUCAGUUUGCCUUUAUUUAUGGAAUUAAUUGGGUUGCUUUUGUUGUUAAUGUUCUUGCAUUUUGGUGGAAUUUUAAGUAUGUUAGAUUUUUAUGAGCUAAAUUUAAGAUUGGAACUGAGUAUAGGUAUGUAAUGUGCCCCAAAUUCUAACAUUGCAGUCAAGUAGUCUUUAUUUAUGUGAUUAGUUGGGUUGCUUUUGUUCUUGCAUUUUGAUAGAAUUAAAAGUAACUUAGAGAUUUUUUAUGAGCUAAACUUUAUAUUGGACCUAGGAAUAGGUAUCUAAUGUGCUGGAAAAUUGUAAAACAACAUUCAAUUUGCCUUUAUUUACAGGGAUUAAUUGGGUUAGUUUUGUUCUUUCCUUUGUAUUUGGAUGGAAUCGAACUGAAUCAAGUGGAAUGGACAUGAAGAUCAUUUAGGUGGCCUCAACUAGUUUGAGAUUUAGAGUAACUGAUUACUAUGGUCUUUUUGUCUUCCGAUGGAAGUAAAAGUUAGUUGGGUUUAAUCUGAGCCAAGUUACAGAAAGAAAAUGGAUAAAGUUCUCUGCUUGAAAAAAAGGUAAUUGGUGAACUUCUUGCCUCAAAGUAGGUAUAAAUUGAUGUAAAAUUGUAAAAUAACUCUCAAAAUGCCUAGUUUUUUCGGGUGAAUAUAUUAAGGAAGGAAACUGAAAUGGAGCCAAAUACUAAAGACGCCAUAGGUACAAUAUUGAUGAUCUCACAAAGAUGAAAUUUCAGUUAAUUGUCAUUUAAAUAUUGUUGAAUUGGCCUUAGGACAAAGCUUUGUUUGGUGGUCAAUGUUGACUUGCAGUUUAAAGUAUGUUUACUAUUUUUCAGUUACUAUUAUCAAAAAAGGUAUGUUUACUAUUUAGAGAAAAAUAUGGUUUUCAAAGAGUUGAUGUGCUUUUUUCUUUCUGUUGGGGUAGGUCUUGCCUGGAUCUUAGAAAAGCUGUAAUUAUUUUGUUUUCAGAAUGGAGAAGGAGAAGCUAAAAGUAGGUAUAAAGUGGGUGGUUUUUUUUCUUUUAAUGUUUCACAUAAACUAUCCUACAUUACUGGAGGUAUUCUGUGUUCUGAUACUUCCUUAGAUUUGUCACUUGCUUUUAAGAUCUUCUUGCCUGUUUAUUAAACUUGUCAAGGAAAGAAAGAAUGCUCGUGAUGAAAGGCUUAUACAUGUGUGGUUAAUUGGCUUUAUAUUGUAAAUCAUAUCCCAGAAGAUUGAGGAAAUCUCUAUUGGUUUGGGAAAAGAUAAUACACAGCUAAUCUUGUCUAACACCUCAAACGUAUACUUUCUGUAGUGAAUGGAAGUAAGAAAUUCAGAACAUACUUCGGUCACCAACACCUUAACUGUUGAUUGCUGAAUUUUGAGUGAAAGACUGACAUCUAGCCUUUCUGUGGAGAUGUAUUGCAAUAUCAAUUAGACUGUCUUCGUACUUAGUUGGAGGAGUUGGGGAGUCUAUGAAAACAGAUAUGAGCUGUGGUGACGGAGAUAGUUCAGUCACUCGACUCAUAUAUGCCAGCCUUCUUCUCGUUCAGCUGUCUUUCUCUAUUGCUGUGUUGGACAGAUCGUCAACCUAAAUCUUACAGCAACCACAGAAGCACAGUUAGAAAAACGUUCAAGUUGUUCAAUGGCAUGCCAAAUCAUGUGAAGAUAGUGGAAGUUGGUGCAAGGGAUGGAUUACAAAAUAAGAAGAAAAUUGUUCCUACAUCAGUGAAGGUUGAAUUAAUUCAAAAGCUCGUCUCUUGUGGGCUACCUGUGGUUGAAGUGACGGGUUUUGUUUCUCCAAAAUGGGUGCCUCAACUGUCGGAUGCCAAGGAUGUAAUGGAAGCAGUUAAGGAUCUGGAAGGUGCCAGAUUGCAUGUAUUGACAACAAUUCUUAUUUUGCUUCCUCAGUUAGCUGCUUUGUCGAUCUUUCUAUGCAGUAUGUCUCGGGAGACAAGGCUGAACUUGCCACACAUUCAAAGAAAAAGAAUAAAUGUCCAUGUUUAUUAGGUGCAAACACUUAAAUGAAAUUCAAUCGACGCAAAAAAAUAAAGAAAUGUUGCCAGCUGAAAAGAGGCACUACUAUUACAAAUGCGCACAAGAGAUCUCGACUCAAGAAGACGUCUUCUACAAGUUUGUGCCUUCAAUAACUCUGUCAACUCAAUAUCUUCCACUCUGUCAACUCAAUAUGUUACGUCAACAGAAGCUGCUACAUUCGAGGCUCAUACGUUAGUUGACACUUCUGCGAAAGGGAAAAGUUUGGUUCCUCCUUUUUGUGUCUGUGAAAGAGGCGAGUAUAAUAAUCAUAUUAUUUUUGUUAGCUUCUACUACCAUAAGGUGUUUGCUUCCCUAAUUCAUAACUACUUAAUACAUUAGGAUCCACGUCAACCACAUCUACUGACCCCUGUUAGGACAUAUAACAAUAUGUUCGCUUUUACUUUGCUAGGAGUAAAAUAUGACAAAGACUUGGCUAAGAGAUAUCAUGAUAUUUAUACUUUUAGAGUUCAAGGAAAAAAGUAUCAUAUCCUUCGGUCACAAGCAAAACAAUUUGUUCGACAAUUUGCCAUAGAUUAGUUGUUUAGAUAUCUGUUGAAAGAUCUGCAACGUCAUAGUUUUGUAGCCUUUCUGUGGCUUUGCUUUAGGACUACCCUCAUCUUAUCUUAAGUCAUGUUGUGGCAAUAACCUGGUUCCUUUAUAUAAUUCAGGUUUACAGGUGUUAAAUUAUAUAUAUCAAUGCAACAGUAAUACUUGUCAUUUUACACAAUUCUUCUUAUUUUGCCCUUGGAAAUUAUUAGCCUUGAAAAUAUAAAAGUUAAUAUCAACCUUCUAAUAUAUUCUCAAUACUUGCUAUGUCUAAUAAAUAUUUUACUAGGCAAGUCAUCCAGCAAAGAAAAAUCAUAGAUCCACAUCAGCUGUCAGAGUAUGGUAUACCAUAUAUAUUUGUAAUUUUUCUCUGUUAUAUUUGUAAUGUUCAUUAAGAAUGAUGAACAACUCUUGGUAUUUUGUGGGAUAUGCUAAUUUUUGUUUCCUGCUACAUCUGCUGAAUGUUUGAUAUAUAGUGUCUGAUGUAUCAUAUGUACUCUCUUUUUUUUUUGAUUUGCACCGGGUGUCCGAGUCUCUUUGAGCCCCGACUAAUCCCGGGGGUGCA